AUGGCGACGGCGGGAGAGGAGAACUUGGUUGGCGACGGAGGCCGCGACGCGGCUGAGGCUGCUGCGACGGCGACCCCUCUCCCGCUUCGCACGGAGCUGAGCCGGCUGGAUAUCCAGCGCUAUUCACGGCAGCUGGUGCUCCCGGAGCUGGGCGUGCGCGGGCAGCUGCGGCUGUCCGGCUGCUCGGUGCUGGUGGUGGGCUGCGGAGGGCUGGGCUGCCCGCUGGCGCUGUACUUGGCUUCCGCGGGCGUGGGUCGCCUGGGGCUGGUGGACCACGACGUGGUGGAGCUGAAUAACCUCCACAGGCAGGUGUUGCACCGGGAGAGCCGCCUGGGCAGCCCCAAAGCUCAGUCUGCGGCUGCAGCCUUGAGGGAGCUCAAUUCCACGGUGCAGUGUGUGCCUCACGAGCUGGUCCUGAGCCCCACCACUGCCCUGCAGCUUGUCAGCAUCUACGACAUCAUUGCAGACUGUUCUGACAAUAUGCCCACCCGCUAUUUGGUCAACGAUGCCUGUGUGCUGGCGGGGAAACCCUUGGUGUCUGCCAGUGCCCUGCGGCUGGAGGGACAGCUGGUAGUAUACAACUACCAAGGGGGGCCCUGCUAUCGUUGCCUCUUCCCCAAGCCCCCUCCUCCAGAGACGGUCACAAAUUGUGCUGAUGGAGGGGUCUUGGGUGUUGUGCCAGGCAUUCUUGGGUCCCUCCAGGCUUUGGAGGUGCUCAAAAUAGCCUCUGGGAUGGGCACCCCCCUCAACAGGUCUAUGCUGCUCUUCGAUGGCCUUGAAGGAAGAUUUCGCCACAUUAAGCUACGUCCCAGGAAUCCAGACUGCUUGGUUUGUGGUGACCAUCCCUCUGUGACUGCUCUACAGGAUUACGAAAUUUUCUGUGGGUCUUUGGCGACGGACAAGUGUCGAACGUUACACCUGUUGCGUAGUGAAGAGCGGAUAUCUGUAGAAGAGUACAAAAAUAUACUGGACAGCAAGGUUGUUCAUAUACUGGUAGAUGUCCGCCCACUGGUGGAAGUGGACAUAUGUCGCUUGCCACAGUCCCUAAGCGUGCCAUUAAGUAAACUUGAAGGGAAAGAUGAAGAAUGUCUGAAAUCUCUUUGUCAAAGGAUAUGUGAAGCAAAGCAGAAGACUAAUGGCAACGUAGCUUUCCCAGUUUAUGUUGUCUGCAAAUUAGGAAAUGACUCUCAGAAAGCUGUGAGGCUAUUACAAGGGUUGUCUCAUGAUGGACUGGAGUUAAUUUCUGUUAAGGAUAUCAGAGGAGGAUUGAUGGCUUGGGCUAACAAAAUUGAUCAAGAAUUUCCUCAGUAUUAAUGUUUCCUAAUAGCAAUAAUGAUCUUUUAAAUCUAGAAUUGCAUUGAUAAUAGAACAGGUUGAGAAUUUUAUUUUAUUUUUUACAUUUUUCUACAAUGGCAUCUUCAAUACGUUUGGGGGGAAAUACUGAAAAAUAAACUUUUAUAAAAUUUAAAUGUCUGGGUACUUCGGUGGGUCUGUUCAG